AUGUCAGCCUCCCCAAAUUUCAUUGCGGAUUUCUGUGAAGCUUCCGAGUUUCCAACAGUUUCUUGGAGUAGAGAAGAAGAAGCUUCCCAGAACGGGUACAGCUUCAUGGAUCAUUACCCAGAUCCAGAAGCCACCUUCCGCUGUGAGGAUGAAGAGUGGAAUCCUCGGCCAGUUCUGCAAGAGCUCGGCCAGAACUUUGAAGCUCAAGCGGUGUCGAUCGCCGAGCUUAUCCCAGCUCCACAAAAGUCCAAGCUUGAAGCUCAUUUCAGCUGGGCUCAGUUUAGCCAGAAAAUUGGAAUUAGCCCAGAAGAGGGACUAGUGAUGACUGAAAAAUUGGCUGCGGUGUCGAAGAGGGAUCCAGCCGAUGAUCCACGCACAUCACGGAUGAAGACGCUGAAAGUUCAACAUCAUUUAAAGAAUGUCAAAUUGGAAGAGGUUCAUAGACUCCAGCAGGUGAAUCAAAAACUCGUCAGGAGGAUCGAAGAAUGGGAAAGUAUAGCUCGGUAUCAGGAAAAGAUCAUUCAGUGCACCAACCCCGAGUAUUCUAUCAAUGCCCAAUUUCCCCAACUCUCAUCAACUACACCACCAAUUUCAACUCAACAUCCCGUUCCAAACGUUGUCCUGGGAGAAACACCCGCUCCGAGCAAGUUCGAAGAAAAUAAAGAAGCCCAUUCCCAAUGGUGCUCGGAACAUCAAAAUGUGCUCGAAAAACUGAACGAGAUCCUAGACACCUCCAAAUGGCUCGUCGAUCCAACGGUGUCCAUUCUCCCACAAACAGUGCCCAAAGCAACAAAUUCAAAAGUGGUAUAUGUUCGAAGCGGAGCUGGAACAGCCAGUGAUUGGCACGGGCUAGAAGGUGAUGAAAAACUGGAUUGGUACGAACUUCACGGAUCAUUGCAAAGGCUUCAAAGGCAACAAGAAGCGCUGAAAUGGGUCAGGCCGUUGAAUGCUCAGGAUUUUAGACGGAAAAAUAACAGAACUCAUUGAGAACAACACCAUCCUCUCAUUCAGCUGCUCUUUACCAAUACCCAGCUACCCAAAAUCCUGAGUUCCCGCCAGGCCCAGCUAAUCUUGGAGCAAGUCAGCAUGGUCAGUGCCAGGAGAACGACUGGUGGCUUAUGACACAAAGAAAUCAAUAUUUAGAGCAUCAAGCUAGACAGAAUUUUGACCAAAUCCGCCACCUGGAGCAGGUAACCUGGGAGCUGCAACAAAAAGUGCACUACCUUGAGGAGGAAGCUCGGAGAAACACUCAACCCAUCCAGUGCCAAUGCUCAAAGAUCUCAAACUCCACGCCAAAUCCCCAUCGCCUGAUAAAACAGGAGCUCGUUGAAGACCCAAAUGUGCCCUCGUCGUCUACCCCCGUCGUUUCCCGGGACCCCAUCGAUGACGAAUUCGAGGAGAUCAUCCCCUUCAACCCUGUGUCUGAUAUUCCGAACGUGAAGCCUCUGGUGGUCCCGAGCCCACCAGAGCUCUCUCAAGUUCCAAGCUUCGAGGAGGCUUGUGAAAUCUAUGAGAGAUGGGAGGAUAGGGAUAAAGUAAUUGAAGGCGUUGAUUUGACGACGUUCCUGUUCAACCCGCAAGGCUCUCGUAAAAUGCCCCAGAAAGUGAGAAAUGUCGUCGGAUCGUUUACAGUUUUUCAAGACUUUUUCACAAGGGAAACCGGGAUCACUGGACGGGCUGUCAACGGGUAUUGGCGUGGGCUGGCUCCAGAUGAGAAGCAGGAAUGGGGCAAAAGAUCUGCACAACUCCGGAAGUGGCAAAAUUGGCAGAUCAAGAAUUGCUUGGUUCGGGGAUGCAAUAAGGACCAGCUGAAGAAAUUGGGAAAUUAGAA